AUGUACCUACUGGAGCGACUCCGUACCGUCGUGAGACGUCGCCUCGAACGUGUGUCGCUGGAUCCACGCAAGCAGUACGACGUCCUCGUGGAUGGUAUCAACCGUAUCGCUGGCAUUCUCGGGCUCGACAUCUUUUCGCCCGACUUUUCACUGGGCAAUCGGCAUCUGCGGCUGGUGCUGCUGGACACGGUGGUGUUUUUCUGCAUCAACCUGUUCAAUCUGUGCACAAGCUACGGUGAUUUGGUCGAGUUUAUGUAUCUGUUCUGUACGCUGCUGUUCGUGGGAAUCGCUUGGAUCAAGAUACACGCGUUCCUGAAAGACCAUGCGCUCAUUACAAAGAUGCACCAGUUUAUGGUACAAUUCUUCGAACGAUUCCACGGCGAUCCGGAACAGGACGCAUUGCUCGUCGAGAUGCUGCAGAACACGUACCUGCUGAUGGUACUGUUUGGGUUCUGCUCUGGCUCAGCGGCCAUGCUCAUCUUCGUGUACGCCCUGCUCUGGUCGAUCGUGGUCGAAUAUACGCUCCCGCUCGGAUUCUUCAUUCCCACGGUCGGUAUGGACCAGCUGAAGGGGUUCGCAUUGAACUACGCGUUUCAGCUAUUCCAAAGCACUCUCAUGGUGGCCGGAAUCGUCUCCAGCGAGUGUGCUUUCUUUAUGUUUCUGCAAAAUGCGUGCCUGCAGGUGGACAUGUUGCGACUCGAGUUGGAUCGGUUGGGGCAGCUAGGUGCCGCGAACACCGACGGACGGCACACCGGUGUGAUACGGACCCGCAUACAAGAGAUCAUCGAACAUCAUGACGACCAUUUGAAGUGA